AUGUUCAAGCACGCAAAAACGGGGACGGGAGCAACUUCCUCUAAAGGAGGAUCGAAGGGAAAAUCCAAGGAUCCCCCGUUUCGUUUGUUGAAUCGUGAGGAUCGUAAAACUUAUGAUUUUCUCGUUUCUAAUAAGCGUCAAGUCAAGUCAACAAAAUUCCUCCAUAGGGAAUCUUUUGCUAGUCUUGGGGUGCUCGAUGGAGUCCAAGCGUUAUUUAACAACAUCGGGUGGGGUCAAUUCCUCCAUAACCGCGCCGCCACCUAUGUUGAACCCACCUUGGAAUUUCUUACCACAUUCAAUCCCGAGGAGGAAGCCCAAACCGUCACCUUCCAAAUCCUCGGCGAGAAACGAUCUCUACCACAUCGGAUCGUGAAUGCUUUGAUGGGUGCUCCCGUGGACAACCUAUAUUACCAACAAGACCCAUGGCCCGGAAACUUCAAUGAACAUUACUUUUGGCAACAAAUUACCAAUGAGCCACAAUAUUCAUCAUCUUCGUCAAAGGCCUCCUCCAUAAUUCACCCAUGUUUGCGCCUAGCGCAUAGAGUUCUCACAUGCACCAUUUUCGCCCGCUCCGAAGUGGGACAGAUUUCAAAAGCGGAAUUAUUUUUUCUUUGGUGCAUGACUCGUGAGAACGGUCCGCGGCCGGAUUUUGCUUCCUUUUUCUUCACCAAGUGUUACAACCUCACAACUAUGGACAAAGGAGACAUUUUCAUUGGGGGAUUAAUCACCCUUAUUGCAUCCCGGCCACCGCUUCAACUUCAUCUCUCUACUCUUCCAUUCGAGAAGGCUUUCGGCCCCUCUAGUCUUGACGGCAACGCACUUCGCCGAAUGCAACUCAUCCGAGAUUCGGUUGUCGGGCCCAUGUGGAUCCUUGACAACCAACCAUACCUCAUUCUCCCUCAUGAGUAUAUCGGGAGUUUUGAACCGACCGAUCCCGAUCAAUGGAUCAUUCCAUCAGACUAUCGUCCACCUGUAGAUGAUGAGGAUGACCAAUUUCAGCCUGCACAACAAUUCGCCGAGCCCCAAUUUCAGCCUGCACAGCAGUUCGUCGAGCCUCAGUUUCAUCCGUAA